UCUAGUUCUAUGCCAUUACUAUUAUGACUAAGACAAUCCAUGGAAAGGCUAUGAGAACCAUGGCCUGAUUUUUAUGGGCAGAGUCUGAAGAAGAGAGGUAUUCAUUGUUUGGACUUUGGAAAUAAACCUGAAAAAAAAUAAUGGAGAAAAUCAUAUUUACUAAGCUUCCCAAGUUAACUUUUAUGUUCUAGAUUACAUCACAAAUCUGGGCAGAAUUUUAUAAAACUCCAGACUUUGUCAUUAUCUCGGAAGAUUAUUUGUAGAAAAACACUGCAUAUUAAUGUCCUAUGCAUGUUAAAUCAUGGUUCCAGUCAAGUUCACACAACUGCAUCUAUCAACAAACAGGAGAUUAUAUCUGAGGCCUUGGUGAAAGAAAUUUCCAAAUUAUCUGCAACAGUAAAAUUAUUGAAACUAGAAAUAAAGGAUGAUAAGUUUUCAUUCAAAGCAGGACAAUGGGUGGAUAUGUUUAUUCCAGGAGUACCAGUAGUAGGAGGAUUCUCUAUCUGCUCUCCACCUCACUUACUACAAGCCAGCAGAAUGCUUCACCUGGCCAUCAAAUACUCUAACCACCCCCCUGCUCACUGGGCUCAUACUCAGUGUAAAGUUGGAGACAGCCUACAUCUACGAGCAGGAGGAAAGUUUGUUUAUGACCCUGACCCUGUCACUCCUUGCAGUGAUCUGGUGUUGAUCGCUGGUGGGGUGGGCAUCAAUCCCCUUUUCUGUAUUUUACACCAUUUUCUUCAUGUUCACAACUUACAGAGAGAUAGUAAUCUUAAAGGUACUAGCAAGGUUGUCUUACUUUACAGUGCUCAAAGUCCGGAUGAACUCAUCUUUCUUAAUGAAUUAUUGCUAUUGUCAGAAAACUAUGACAAUGUUACUAUCAAAUUCUUCAGCACCAAGGAGCGUGUCAAAGAGGAUCACUUCAUUACCAAUGGUAGAAUACAUUACCAAGUUUUAGAAUCAAUUUUAAAAGAUACUGGACUAACUAAAGGCCAAGUGUACAUUUGUGGACCUUUAUCUUUCAUUGAAACUAUGCAAGUCUAUUCUAAAGAUGCAGGCUUCAGCAAAGAUUGUAUAUUCAUAGAACGAUGGUGGUAGCUUUCAAGCCCCAAGAUAAUUGUUACUUAUGUAUUCUUUGUGUUUGUACCAAAGUUUACAAGAAACAUUGCAGUAUUUUGUUGAAUUGAUCAGUUACUUGGAUAUGUCAAACGUUUUGAGAGAUAAAAUUAUCUUUUGUUAUUGUUUUGGCUAUGAUUCAAUAAAGCAGCUCAGACUAAACAUA